GAGAAAAUAGAGAAGAUUAGCAAGGGGUCAUACUUUUGGAGAACUGAACGGUCGGACUACUAACCCUAGAUAUGAGCGGGCCGCACGAACCGUCUCUUCCGCUCCUUUCGGUCUUAUGGAAAUGGCUGAAAUAGAGCUAGAAGGUCUAAUAACUAUUUAGCAUAUGGUUAUAACAGGUCCAUAUAACUCCAUCCUAUGUCUAUAGCUGCCUGGGGAAACAUUUCUGAUUCCACCUAACCUUACAAUGGCAUCGGUUCGACCAAAAAUUGCUAUUAUCGUUGGAAGUCAGAGAGAGCCUCGAUUAGGACACCGUAUUGCGAGAUUUGUACAAGACACUCUCCAAGAACGUCGAUACGAGGUUGACUUAAACAUUGUUGAUCUUGCGGCCUGGAAUCUGCCCCUAUACAAUGAGCCCGGGAUUCCAUCCAAGAUAUUUUCUCCCAAAGACUACAAACACGAACAUACCCGACGCUGGUCAAACGAGAUAGCGUCCUAUCAAGCUAUUGUCUUUGUCACACCUCAGUAUAAUUGGGGAUAUCCGGCAAGCUUGAAAAAUGCGAUUGAUUAUCUUUUUAACGAAUGGAAAGGAAAGCCUGCAAUGAUUGUAAGCUAUGGUGGCCAUGGCGGUGGUAAGGCGGCUGAGCAGUUGAAACAGGUCUGUCAUGGACUUCGGAUGUUGCCUCUAGAUACGCCCAGUUGUUUGACGUUUCCGGACAAGGAAUUUAUUGAAAAAGUCAACCGAGGGGAAGACUUUGAUGUGCGAGAUGUAUUCAAUAAGGACAGGGCUGGGAUUCAGGAACGAUUCGAUGAACUGCCUAUGCAUGUGUCCAUUCUCAUCGAUAGGUGGUUCUACACCUAUUUGCAAGUACAUCCUAGCACCUUCAACAUGUGA